CUAAAGAAAGGUAGGUACAGUUUUGUUACUGACUGCUGACUGCUGAGAUUUAAACUGUCAAUGUGUUAAAUAAAAACAAAACUCUAUUCUUCUCUAACCACUGAUACCAAGAGUUAAUAUAGGACAAAUAGUAAUUUAUAAGCAUUUACAUUUCAAGUUAUGUCGAGUGCUGACAGAAUCGAUUUUGAAAUGGAGGUAGAAGUUGAGAGUGCCUCGUCGGGGCCUCCGGUGGAUUUGCCUAAUCCAACCUCCCCGGCUCCUCCACCCUCGAGCAGUGCAAAGUGCGUCGUAGUAACAACAGCCACAUCUGGCUCAGUUACAGUGUCUCUUCAUCCUCUGGUCAUAAUGAAUGUUUCUGAACAUUGGACCCGUUUACGUGCUCAGGAGGGAUCACCCCAGACUGUUAUAGGAGCUCUAAUAGGCAAACAAAAAGGACGGAAUAUAGAAGUAAUGAAUUCGUUUGAACUUGUCUUCAGUGUUAUAGAUGGAGACAUUAUUAUAGAUAGAGAUUAUUACAAUUUAAAAGAAGAACAAUUUAAGCAAGUAUUCUCGGAUAUGGACUUCCUUGGAUGGUACACAACAGGCGAGGUACCCACUGAAAGGGAUAUUGCUGUUCAUCGUCAGAUCUGUGACAUCAAUGAAUGUCCAGUCAUGUUGAUGUUAAACCCGGCAGGGCGGAAGGGUGAUCAAUUACCAGUAGUUUUAUAUGAAUCGGUGAUAGAUGUUGUGAAUGGACAUGCUACUAUGCUCCUCGCACCACUCACAUACACUUUGGCUGCUGAGGAAGCUGAAAGGAUCGGAGUGGAUCAUGUAGCGAGGGUGUCAUCUGGUGAAGCGGCUCUAAAUAGUUUAGUUGCGGAACACCUAACAGCUCAACGGUCGGCCAUCAAGAUGUUGGUGUCCCGUGUGCGUGCUGUUCUGGCCACUGUACGUGCGGUCCGAGACGGAGCCCUGCCGCCGCGGCCCGCUCUGCUACGUGAGGCCCGCGCUCUCGCCAACAGAUUGCCGCUUCUUACUUCACAGCAGUUCCGAACACACUUUUAUAACCAAUGUAACGACGUGGCGCUUAUGACUUACUUGGGUACAAUCACUAAAGGCUGCAACGCUAUCAAUCAGCUGGUCAACAGAUUUAAUAUAUUGUACGACAGGCAAGGCAUGGGCCGACGUAUGCGGGGACUAUUCUUUUAGGGAGGACGAUAAUAUUAGAUAUUAGAUUAUUAAGAAUCCAUAGCAUAUAUGACAUUUAAAAAAAAUACUACACCUUUUUUGUCAAAAAUAAAUAAAUAAAUAAAAGCUUUAUCUAUAUAGUGAAUGAAGCAAUAAAUCAUAGUCUAUGGAUUUGUUUGUGGUAAAGCGAAAUCUGUGCUGCACAUGCAUAAUAUGUUGGCUCCGUAUUUUUUUCUAUCUGUGGUACAUGAAACAGAUAUCAAAUAUUAUAUCCAUACCCAAAAGAAUUGCAAAAUCUCAGCAAAUUGUUUUUGUGAAUUUUAUUCCACAUUGGUUAUUUAGUGUCAUUUGAAAAACACAUUUAUCGACUGAUUAACUUGAGUUUCAAUUAAAAUUUUGUAUAAGA